AUGAAUGGCAGCCCCGUGCCUGAGGCUGCGGCUCCGCGCCAGUUCAAGAAGCACCGGGUCCUGCCGCGGCCGCACAACGACCAGGCGCACGAUGGCUCCAGGCGCAACCCCCAUCUGACCAGCGGAGCGCCGGUGCCCAGAAGCUCGACGCCUCACCCGAUCCUUAACUCGCAGCCUUUAAAGCACCAGCUUAGGAGGAUAGGCACCGGGCCUGAUCUGCCUCCAACGCCGCCCGCGCACUCCAACGCCUCCUCCAGCAGCCAGUCCGCCGCGGCUCCGAGCCCAACUAGCACCGAAGACAGCGUUAGGCUGCUGAGCGCCGUCGCGAACCGACCGCCAGCCACCCCCCCUGACCAGCGCAGCCCCCCGACGCCAGAUGUCACUCCGCCGCACCCUUCAAGCUACGCCAAGGUUCCGCGUCCGAGUAUAAAGGGCCGCAAUACUUCGGGGAGCACCAUGGGCCCGGAGUCGAGGGCCGAAUCCUUCAUCACUGCCCGCGAGGAAGUGACGUCUUCGGAGGACGAGGCCGGGAGGGCUGCCGGAUGGCGCCGCAGGGAUUCCAUAGCCUCGCAAACAACCGUCACCAUACCUGCCAGCGCCGUUGCUAUUGAUGACGAUGCGGCACGCACCACGACGCCUUCAGACAGAACGCCGACGAAUGAUGGAGGGCGAAGAGAAGGCGACGGCACACCAAAGGCAGAGGCCCAAGCUGCUGAACAUGUCGACAGACAGGGCACAACUUUCCGAGAUGGACAUUCGCGGGAUGCCCGCCUCUCGGGUGUGAUAAUGUCGCAGCAGAAUCAGUCUCAACGACGAUCACCAAGAGUGUCGCGGCCGGUUGUGCACCAUGAGGCUGUCAUCCAAGACAAGGUGUCUGCUGCGCCUACGGACGCCACGAAAGCCGUGCGCAAUAUGCGACUUGACGAGGCCGCACCUGUGACCUCGUCACCAAAGAACCCUGAUGAUCAAAAGGCUGCCAAGUUGGCUCAUCCGCAGGCCGAGGCCGCGGCGAAACGAGACCGCCCGUUGAGCACAUCCAGCCAAGCAACAUCAAUCGUCGAGGUCGUCCUGGUGGACGGACCGCCCAAGAGAGAAAGAAAAUUGCGCCAUAUGCGGAAGCAAAGUACUUUGAGGAAAGCGACUGAUAAUAGGGAGGAGGCCGGCCUGAUGGCCCGUUCCGAAGACGUACGCGAAGAGGCUUCAAAGGUCCCCAAGGUCCCGCAGAGUCCAAAACUGGAACCGUAUGAUCGCGAAAGUCAAGUCUCAACAGUGGCGCACUCGGUGAACCCCCCACCCAUCUCAAGUAGAACCGCGAGACGAGAGAUCUGGAAGAGCGGCGCUAUCCCUGUGGUUAUCGUCCCUGAUCGGCGAUCUUCGAGAGGUCCCAAGAGCAGGGAGCCUUCCCUUCGAUCCACAUCCAGCAAGCACUCGGGCAGGUCCAAGAGCAUCAAGUCUGUCUCUGCUCACUCUCCCUCGUCAUCUGCAAGCUCAAGCUCUGGGCCUGUCUUUGAACGCCCUGCUCGCCGGAGUCGGGCAUACUCCGAGUCGGAUGGAUCCGUGCGGACGAUGGACUUUCCUCCCACGAUUCCGCAGCGGUCUUCAUCGCUGUCCGCCCCAACGAGCCGCAACAUCUCCAGGGCUGGCUCGGUGACUGGUGUCUCGGUAACCGCCAGCAGUGUCAAGGUCCACGUCGCCGAGGUCGAGGAGCCAGCCAUUCCUCGCUUCAGCCAGGAAGUGCACAUCAUCUCUCCCAGCACGCCGUCGCUUCCCCCGGCAUCCCCAGAGAUGAAAGGCCUGGAAAGGGAGGAAACAGUGAGCGGCCUUGGAAUUGACCAGCACGAUGACGUGCUCUCUGUGAAGAAGAUUCCACCACUGCGGAACACUCCCUUUUCGGUCGCGUCCAUGGACACGUGUGCAACGGCGCCUGAGCUGUCCGAGGCUCUCGCUAUCCAGAUGUUUCCUCACCAAAACUCAUCGGUCGUCAUGGUUGACCAUUCGACUCGGCCAUCAGAGACAGCGUCGGCCAAGCGCUUAUCCAGCCCUCCGAACUCAACGAUGGCGCAUCUGCACGAGCAAAAACCCGCCACUCCUCUCCAAAGGCGAUUCUCCUCGCCUGCGGUCGAUUCACCCCUGCGCAACCCGCGGGCUCCACCUCAGCCGCCAUCGCACCCGCCUGCCAUCAACUUCAUUCCCGCCACGCCUUCAGGCAUGACACCUGCUGCCGAGCGAGCCAUUCUCCAGGGCAACUACUUCGAGUCGUUGAAUGAGAAGCCUCCUCGACGGGCUUCUAUCGUCAGACGAGCAUUCAGCCGACGACGCCAUUCUAUCGAUUACGUACCGACUUCACGGGGGUCGGGCUUCCUGGCCAGGGCCUUUUCUCUCUCGCGGAGGAACCGCGAUGAUAGCGACAUCUCCCUCUACAGAGACAACGAUAAACCGACCGAGGAGGACAAGCUGCAUCCGUUCUGGCGCCCACAGUGGAUUAGUGAUGAUGAUUCGGAGCCUUGGGACGAUGAUGAGUACCGAAGUGACGACGAAGAGGACGACGAUGAAGUCUAUCGAUACCCUCCCGUAGACAACCGCCCACGGAGGCACACCAGGAGCUUUGGCCAAAAGGUGAGGGAGACGCUUUCACUUUUGCCAUCACAAGAGUACCACGUCGACGACGUGCAUGGGCCACAGCGCCGAACAAUUCGACGGACAUCGAGUGGCAAUCUGCGAAUUGUACGCCGCAAGGUCAGCUCCGAGUCAAUGAGACGAAGACAGAGCCCAGGAUGGAAGAUGACCAACGAUUUGCGUUACGAUACUUCUGCAACGACUGACGAUUUUGACGAUUUUGCCUUGGAUGAUGGAAGCCACAGCUUGUGCUUAUGA